AUUUGGCAAGAGAAAUUUCACCAACCUUGGACAUUGGAAGGAUUGACAGAGCGAUAGCUCUUUCUAGAUUCAGUGAAUAGUGGUGCAUGGCAUUCUUAAUUGGUGGACUAAUUUGUUUGGGUAAUUCCAAUAACGAACAAGACUUCAACUUAUUAAUUAGGUGCUUCCAUUAUGAAUACCAACUAUGGACAAUUAUUUUCCAGCUCUCCUACAGCCUUACCCAUUAUCCUUCUAGAUAGGUUAUAUAAUAUUGAGAAAGCAAAUUAUAAUGGCAAUUAAUAAAUUUUGUUCCAGGUACAAAUGACUGAUGCUUUCCCUAAACAGAUAUGCAAACAGUGCUUCAAUCAGUUAAAUGACAUUUUCGAAAUGGCUGAUAUGUGUAGUAUCUCACAGCAGAAGAUGAUAGCUCUAACUGAUAAUGAAAUAUUUAAUGAUGAAGAAUUAAUGACUGUUUUGGAUGAAAAUGGUGAAGAAGUUGUUUUAGGAUCUUCAGUCAAAAACAUUUUGAAGGGGUGUUGUCCUUUAUGUAAUGAAGGAACUUUGAAAAGCGGGGAACAUGCUGCCAAAGAUGAUGAUUUACUUUCUAUACAAGGAAUAGAUUCAAUAGUAUUAGGUGGUCAUGUAAAUAGAAAUAAUUCUAUUGAUAAAGUUAGUGAUGUCUUUUCGGAAAGUGAAUUUACUUCAGAAAAUGAUACAGUUAAAAGAAUGAUAGAGAUUAGGAAUGAUAAAAAAAUGAGUGAGAUUGCUUUUUCAAAAGUUAAUUGUGACACUUCCGAUUUAGAUUCAUUAGCUGAAUCCUCACCAUCUCAAGUUUUUAAUAAAGAAGUAGAUCCUCUUAAAAUUGAUGAUAAUUCAUCUAAAAGUGAAAGUGAUCAGAUCAUUGAAUGUUAUUCAUCAUUAUCUUCUCCUUUAAAUAUACUAAGCACAGAUGAUUCUAAUAGCAAGAACAUGAAUGAAGACCCCUUAUCUGUAUGUAAUGAAGAACUACAAAUUGAACCAGACCUUUAUUAUAUGGACACUGAAUCUGAAUUAGCAAAUAUUAAUACUCAAGAUAGCAAUGAAAAAAUAAGUUGUAGCUCUAAGAAUUCCUUUGUUUGUCGUCUGUGUGCUUCUGAGUUUGAAGAAAAUAUUGAUCUUUUGCGACAUGCAUUUGUCCAUUCUUGUUAUGGAUUUUACCAGUGUUCCAGUUGUGUUACAUUCUUUACUACAAAAGAUGAAUUAGAAAAUCAUUUCAAAUAUCAUGAAUCAAAAGAUAAUACAAUUUAUUGUGAUGUUUGUAAUUUGGGUUUUCAAACAGCUUUAGACUUAGCAACACACACUUGUAAACAAGACAGUUUUCCUCCUAAUAAAUGUCCUGUGUGUUAUAAAUAUUUUCGAUCUGUAUCAAAACUCAAACAACAUAUGAAAUUUCAUGAAACGGCUCGACCUUCUUAUUGUAAUAUUUGUGACAAAUUUUUUCCUGAUGACAUUAAGCUUCAAAAGCAUUCCCUAUAUGUUCAUAGUUCUAGGAAGGCCCACUGUUGUGAAGAAUGUGGUAAAGUUUUCAAAUCUGAAGCCUCUAUGAAAUAUCACCAAAGAGCUCAUCAGGCUGAGGAAAGGAUUAAACCUUAUACUUGUGAACGUUGUGGAAAAUCAUUUAUGAGGAAAAGUAUGUUAAUCAAUCAUAUGACAUCUUCACACAAUCAUACCAACUUUGAAACACCCUGCUUUACUUGUAAGCUUUGCAAUGAAGCAUUCCCAAGUACAGUAGCUGCUGUUGCUCAUAUGGAUAAUCAUCAUAAAUUAGAAUGCAUGGAUGAAGCUACCUAUAGCUUUGAAAUGCAUACUAUAAACCGUUUAUUUGUUUGUGAAUUUUGUGAACGUUGUUAUGCUGAAGGGUCUGUUUUAAACUCACAUCGUGAAAUGCAUCCAUCUGAUUCACCGUAUGAAUGUAAACUAUGUGAUGCAGUUUUCCCAUCUAUUGAGGAAGUCAAAAUUCAUAGAAAAAAUUAUGCUAGUGAAAAAAUACCUGCUGAAUAUAUUGCUGAUUUUACUAUACCUAAAACAUAUUUGUGUGAAUAUUGUGAAAGAUAUUUUUUAAAUUAUGUCAAGUAUACCGAACAUUUAACUGUUCACUAUGGCCCAGAACCUUAUCAAUGCCGUUCAUGUCCAUUAAAGUUCGGUACUUUGGUUGACGCUAUGGAACAUAGAUCAAUACAUGGUGAAUCACAGUUGCAAGUAGAUGAGUACAAUUUUUAUCGUCCAUAUGAAUGCCAUUAUUGUAGCAAAACAUUUGCUAUUGAAGAUGCAUUAAUAAAACAUAUCAGAAUGCAUACUGGUGAAAAACCAUUUAUUUGUGAUCAGUGUGGUAAAGGAUUUUCACAAAGUUCUGGACUUUAUACUCAUCAAAAGGUGCAUUCUUCCGAACGACCUUAUUCUUGUACAGUAUGCCCUAGAAAAUUUAAAAUAAAAGGUGAUCGUGAUGUACAUGUUAGAAAACAUUCUGGAGAUCGUCCUUAUAAGUGUGAAUUUUGUGGUAAAGCAUUUAUGACUCAACAUGUUUACAGUCAACACAGAAAAAUCCAUACAGGAGAACGACCAUAUAAGUGUGAUGUUUGUGGAAUAGCAUUUAGAAGAUCUCAUGUGCUUACAGUUCACAAAAGAAUUCAUACGGGUGAAAAACCUAAUAUUUGUGACAUUUGUGGCAAAAGAUACCGUCAAAAAGGUGAUAUGUUAAAGCAUCGAAGAGUUCAGCAUGGAAUAUUGAGCACCAAACAAAAUAUCAAUUCAAUUGUGGACAGUUGA